CCAAACCAGGAAGAGAGAGAGAGAGAGAGAGAUCCUCCAGCCAUGGCCGAGGGCCACAAGGUGGAGCUGGCCGAGGCCCUGGCUUUGGGGUCCGGCUGGAGGCAUGCUUGCCACGCUCUGCUUUACGCGCCCGACCCGGGGAUGCUCUUCGGCCGCAUCCCGCUGCGGUACGCCGUGCUGAUGCAGAUGCGCUUCGAUGGACGCCUGGGCUUCCCAGGCGGCUUUGUGGACGCGCAGGACAGCAGCCUGGAGGACGGGCUGAACCGAGAAUUGCGCGAGGAGCUCGGUGAAGCGGUGUCGGCCUUCCGCGUGGAGCGUACUGAUUACCGGAGCUCACACGCUGGGGCCAGACCGCGCGUGGUGGCCCAUUUCUACGUCAAGCGCCUGACCCUAAAGCAGCUGGAGGCUGUGGAAGCUGGCGCACCACAAGCCAAGGACCAUGGGCUGGAGGUCCUGGGCCUUGUGCGGGUGCCUCUAUAUACCCUGCGAGAUGGAGUGGGAGGCUUGCCUGCCUUCCUGGAGAAUUCCUUUAUUGGUGCUGCGCGGGAACAGCUACUGGAAGCCCUCCAAGAUUUGGGACUUCUAGAAUCUGGCUCUUUCUCAAGUCUUAAGACCCCCGCUCAUCACUAAAUGUAACCAUCUAUGGAUCCAUGAAACCUGAUUGGGGACCUUGGGAGGGAAUGAUGGAGGGACAGGGGAAUGUUUUCUCUUCUGGGCCUGAGAGAUGAAACCAGAUUAAAAGGACAUGUGUGGUGCAA